CGGUCGGAGACCACAAUGACCGGCGCCAGCCCCUGGCCUGGCGGGGGAAGGGAUGGGCUGCCCGAGCCGGCCGCUUCCCCCCUGCAGCUAUGUCCACGGGCAAUGACACAGGCUGGGGCUCUUCAGCCGGAGAGGAAGCUUGGGCAGGGGCGGGGGUCGAGGUGGAGGAGUCAGCGCUUCCCACCUUCUCAACCGCCGCCAAGGUCCGAGUAGGAGUGACCGCUGCCCUGUUCCUGUCGUCGGCUGCAGGCAAUCUGGCUGUGCUAUGGUCAGUGACGCGGCCAAGAUCCAGUAGACUCCGCCCCUCCCCUGUCCGCCGACUUUUUGGCCACUUGGCCGCUGCAGACUUACUGGUCACUUUCGUAGUCAUGCCGCUGGAUGCGGCGUGGAAUGCCACUGUCCAGUGGCUCGCUGGAGAUGUUGCUUGCCGGACACUCAUGUUCCUGAAACUGCUGGCCAUGUAUGCGGCUGCUUUUCUGCCUGUGGUCAUUGGACUUGACCGCCAGGCUGCGGUGCUCCAUCCUCUUGGACCCAGAGGGGGUGGGCGAAAGCUGCUGGGAACGGCCUGGGGGCUUAGUUUUCUGCUUGCCCUGCCCCAGCUGUUCCUGUUUCAUACUGUCCGCCGUGCUGGCCCAGUCCCCUUCAUUCAGUGUGUCACCAAAGGAAGCUUCAAGGCCCGAUGGCAAGAAAUCGCCUAUAACCUCUUCACCUUCUGUGGGCUCUUCCUGAUACCUCUGACAGCCAUGGCAAUCUGCUAUGGUCGAAUUGUAUUCAGUGUGUCCAGACACCGAACAGGGAAGGGGGAGCAUGCCCCUGCUGGUCAGUUCGCUCUUCGUCGUUCCUUUGACAAUCGCCCCCGUGUACGGCUUCGGGCCCUUCGACUAUCCCUACUUGUCCUGCUGACCUUCGUUAUCUGUUGGACACCCUACUACCUGCUGGGUCUGUGGUACUGGUUUUCUCCCAGCAUGCUAAGCAAUGUCCCCCCCAGUCUCAGCCACAUUCUGUUCCUCUUUGGCCUCCUCAAUGCUCCCCUGGACCCCUUACUCUAUGGGGCCUUCACCCUUGGCUGUAGAAAAGGACACCAGGAACUUGGUUCAGAUUCUUUCCGGGGGGGAAGGAGCUCUUGGAGAGUCCCUCAACAAGUGGUUCAGGCACCUAGGCAGCUGGAAUCGAGCACAGAGGGUAGUGGAAAGACAGGAAAAAUGGAGGAAACAUCUCUGUAACUCUUGCUGAGAUCCUUUUCUUAACUCUAGCCCCACCCUCCAACCGAAAAAGUAAUAAAGAGUAACUAUUUUUUUUAGAAUCCCUACCUUGUCCCUGUAGCCACUCCCACUCCUUACCACCUACCCCGGCCAAACAGAAAAUAUGGACGGCACAUGAGUCUCCUGGUGGAGAAGAUUCUUCUUCCACCCCUAGUAAGGGAAAGAAUAAGAACAUUCUAGACUUCAGUAAUUCAAUACUUGGAUGAACAUCCUUGAUAUUUCCCUUAAUGUUAUGGUACAUUU